AUGAGGCUGCAACCAGGCCGAGAUGCCGUAGCCGACACAGUUACCACUGAGAGGAGAAACAGCUCUUACCCGCCUUCCCAGAGUGCGUGGAGGAAGCUACUCGAUCAUGGGGAAAACCUUUCACCGCAAGAGCCCUCGCCCAGGGAAGGGCCGCGCUGGACUGGUACGGUAUGGAAGAAAAGUGCUUCAGCCGACUUCCCCCCGUCGAACCCUUGGUGGCCUCUCACCUCCAUCCCUCACAGCGGUCCGCAAUGUCCACGGCCUCACUAA